AUCCGAAAGCGUCAAGGCUAUGUUGGAGGCUACCGUGAUGGACAAAGAUGGUAAUCUAUCUUCAUCCCAUAGAAACUGCACGAUGACCCUUUUCACACCAAAGGGCAGUGCCAGUGCGAAUGACAGCUGGGGUUGGGAUCGCUUCGUUGAACGAAGUGUCCUCGAGUCGCUGUACGUGACGAAUGGUUCGUUCAUCAUUAUGUGCGGGGCCAAAGUUCUGCUUGAUAACGACCCCCUCAAGGUGCCGCCAUCGGAUAUGGGAAGCCAUCUCGGCCUCCUGCUGGAUUGCGCUGAGGGCUCUGAUGUCUCAUUCCUCGUCGAUGGUGACAAGUUCCCAGCUCAUCGCGCUGUGCUUGCUGCCCGCUCACCAGUCUUCAAGGCGCAGCUCCUGGGCUCCAUGGCCGAAGCCAACAUGUCAUCCAUCACCUUGCAUGACAUUGCACCAGCAACGUUCAAACUCAUGCUCCGGUUCAUGUACACCGAUGCUUGUCCCGCGGAUGCUGAGCUCGGGGACUCCCCGGAUGAGAUGUUUCGGCUCUUGCUCGCUGCCGCUGACCGGUUCGCGUUGGAUCGCCUGAAGCUUCUCUGUGCCAGUAAGUUGUGGGACAAUGUAUCUGUGCAUACAGUUGCUGAUACUUUGAUCUGUGCUGAAACAUACAACUGUCCCGGGCUGAAAAAGAAGUGUAUUGACUUCGUCGGGGAAGAGAAAAACUUCAAGGGAGCUGUGUUGACGGAUGGUUUUGCUCAGUUGGUGCUAAAAUUCCCAUCCAUUCUUGAUGAGUUGAGGGCGAAGGUCGGGUUAUAGGUGCAUGCUUCCAUGCCAGCGCAACCUAUAGAUGUACUAGGUUUAUGGCAUUAUUUCGAGCUCGGUGAAUGCUCGCCAAAUCUGUUAAAAAGUGCUACUAUUUUCCGUUUGCAACUAUUAUAUUAUGAUCAUGCAGACUUAAUUUUUAUAUUGUCCAAUUAGUAGAC